GAGUGAUACAAAUUUCCAGGAAAACAUUUUAAUUGUAGUAAAUUUGUUAGAUUUCUAUCAGGUUUUAACUCGGAUCAGUAAUAUGGGUUUGAUUAGGGUUCUAGGCCUAAUGAUAGGUCACUAGGCUUCCUUUAGGGUUAUGUACCAUCUCAGUUAUUUUGAAUUGACCAGAUAGGGGGUUCCCAAGGGUUCUGCUUCGUUUUGUUGUUUUAAGAUUCUUAUGGGUGGUGGGAUCCACAGAGAUGGCUUUCAACAAAAUUGCAUGCGUGAAUUUGUCUUGAGUCUCAACGCACUGUUCAAAUUAAACAAUUUAGACAUGCCCCAACUAUAAGACUAAGAAGUGAAUGGUAUAGUACAAUUUUGUCACAAAUUCAAGGGCAAUCUAAAGUGCCCGAUGGUAGAGGUCCGCCUUCUCCUGGGUAUCUGGAACAAAAGAAGCGUUCGCGAGUCGAGAGAGGAGUGCGUAACUCCCUGCCCUCCCCCUCCCAAAGUAAAUCAAAUCAAGGAAUAUGAGUGCCUACAGACAAGCCUCGCUGCUUUUCUUCCCCUUCAGGGCUAGCGUUUGGGGAGGGCGAGGCUGUGGGUACUCUUCGGUGCUUCAGUGUCCCGGGAGAAAGAAAGGCCCAGCCAAGGGUCCUCACAGCUGGCGUAGAAUUCGGCCCGUUCGUAGGCGAUCGACCCCAGAGAGGAAAGCUGCUUCUCAAGCUGGCGGAGGGAGAGGAAACGGCGCACAAAAGCAGUACGACCUGUCCCUUAUCGGCGUCUAAGGGGAAGGGUGGAGAAAACGAAAACAGAAGCGGGCCGGGUGCCUCGGCUCCCGCCCCAGCGCCUUUUAAACUGCGUUUCUACCUCCUCUCUCUCAGCGCGGCGGCUAAUGGAACCCGCGCGAGCCCUCCCGCCAAUCAGCGCCGCGCUUCCUCCCGUCGCCCGCCAAUGGCGGCGCGCGUUCUUGGGGCGUGGGCGAAGCAGGCUGCUCGCCUCCUGCCUGUAGUGUGUGGGCUGGGGUUGGUGCGGGCUUCCAGCUUGGCCGCACUUGGUCCGUAGUUCGGCUUCGGGGGCUUUUGUGUCCGGGUCUGGCUUGGCUUGUGUCUGUGAGUUUUUGCUCCUCUCCGCGGCGCUCCUCCCGGGCAGGAGCCGUGAGGCUCUGAGGCAACACAGCGGCCCCCCGACCAGGAGCGAGCGCGCCGGCGUGAGCGGCGGCGGCUAAGACUGCGGGGAGGGGGCUUCGCAGAUCCCCGAGAUGCCGGAGUUCCUGGAAGACCCCUCGGUCCUGACGAAAGAGAAGUUGAAGAGUGAGUUGGUCGCCAACAAUGUGACGCUGCCGGCCGGGGAGCAGCGCAAAGACGUGUACGUCCAGCUCUACCUGCAGCACCUGACGGCGCGCAACCGGCCGCCGCUCGCCGCCGGCGCCAACAGCAAGGGGUCCCCGGACUUCUCCAGUGAUGAGGAGCGCGAGCCCACCCCGGUCCUCGGCUCUGGGGCCGGCCCCGCGGGCCGGAGCCGGGCCGCCGUUGGCAGGAAAGCCACAAAGAAAACUGAUAAACCCAGACAAGAUGAUAAAGAUGAUCUAGAUGUAACAGAACUAACUAAUGAAGAUCUUUUGGAUCAGCUUGUAAAAUACGGAGUGAAUCCUGGUCCUAUUGUGGGAACAACCAGGAAGCUAUAUGAGAAGAAGCUUUUGAAACUGAGGGAACAAGGAACAGAAUCAAGGUCUUCUACUCCUCUGCCAACAGUUUCUUCUUCAGCAGAAAGUACAAGGCAGAAUGGAAGUAAUGAUUCUGACAGAUACAGUGACAAUGAAGAAGGAAAGAAGAAAGAACACAAGAAAGUGAAGUCCACUAGGGAUUUUGUUCCUUUUUCUGAACUUGGAACUACUCCCUCUGGUGGUGGAUUUUUUCAGGGUAUUUCUUUUCCUGAAAUCUCCACCCGUCCUCCUUUGGGCAGUACUGAACUACAGGCAGCUAAGAAAGUGCAUACUUCUAAGCGAGACCUACCUAGGGAGCCUCUUGUUGCCACAAACUUGCCUGGCAGGGGACAGUUGCAGAAGUUAGCCUCUGAAGGGAAUUUGAUCAUUUCAUCCAAGUCUAGCCAUGAUAGGUGUUUAGAGAAAAGUUCUUCGUCAUCUUCUCAGCCUGAACACACUGCCAUAUUGGUCUCUGCUGCAGCUUCUCCUUCACUGGUUAAAGAAACGACCACUGCUUACUAUAAAGACAUAGUAGAAAAUAUAUGCGGUAGACAGAAAAGUGGAAUUCAAUCAUUAUGUCCUGAGAGGUCCCAUAUUUCAGAUCAGUUGAUUCUCUCCAGUAAAAGGAAAGCACUAGAAGAGUCUGAGAGCUCACAACUAAUUUCUCCACCACUUGCUCAGGCAAUCAGAGAUUAUGUCAAUUCUCUGUUGGUCCAGGAUGGGGUAGGUAGUUUGCCUGGGACUUCUAAAUCUACACCCCAACUGGAUGUAGAAAACAUACAGAAGAGAAUUGAUCAGUCUAAGUUUCAAGAAACUGAAUUCCAGUCUCCUCCACGAAAAGUCCCUAGACUGAGUGAGAAGUCAGUGGACGAAAGGGAUUCAGGUUCCUUUGUGGCAUUUCAGAACGUACCUGGAUCUGAACUGAUGUCUUCUUCUGCCAAAACUGUUGUCUCUCAUUCACUCACUACUUUAGGUCUAGAAAUGUGUAAGCAAUCACAGCAUGAUAAAAUAGAUGCCUCAGAACUCUCUUUUCCCUUCCAUGAAUCUAUUUUAAAAGUAAUUGAAGAAGAAUGGCAGCAAGUUGAUAGGCAGCUGCCUUCACUGGCAUGCAAAUAUCCAGUUUCAUCUAGGGAGGCAACACGGAUAUUAUCAGUUCCAAAAGUAGAUGAUGAAAUCCUAGGGUUUAUUUCUGAAACCACUCCACCAGCAGGUAUUCAAGCAGCCUCCACUGAGUCUUGUGAUAAACAGUUCGACUUAGCACUCUGUAGAGCAUAUGAAGCUGCAGCAUCAGCAUUGCAGAUUGCAACCCACACUGCCUUUGUAGCUAAGGCUAUGCAGGCAGACAUUAGUCAAGCUGCACAGAUUCUUAGCUCAGAUCCUAGUUGUACACACCAAGCACUUGGGAUUCUGAGCAAAACAUAUGAUGCAGCCUCAUAUAUUUGUGAAGCUGCAUUUGAUGAGGUGAAGAUGGCUGCCCAUACCAUGGGAAAUUCCACUGUAGGUCGUCGAUACCUCUGGCUUAAGGAUUGCAAAAUUAAUUUAGCUUCUAAGAAUAAGCUGGCUGCUACUCCCUUUAAAGGUGGAACAUUAUUUGGAGGAGAGGUAUACAAAGUAAUUAAAAAACGUGGAAAUAAGCGCUAAUAAAAUUAAGACAAAAAGACAUCUGAUCUUUGAUAUGGGUAACCCAGAAGCUUUUCUAUGAAUUUCAGGUACUUUAUGCCAUCAUUUUCUUUUCCAUUAAGGUGGUUUUAGUUUCCAGAUCAGGGUAAUUGCAAAAUGUUAAGCUUCUACCCAUUAAAUUACAAUAUAAAAGUAAUUGCCUGUGUAGAACUACUUUUCUUUUUCACAGAUUUGGAUAGAUAGGAAGGCUGCUAUACGAUUUAAAGCUUUCUAGAUCACAUAUUAGUCUCUAAAUGGUUUUCUAUUUCCUGUUUUACUUAUGCUUUUACAAUUCUCCAAAAAAAGAGAAUUCUAAUUAGGCUAUAAGGAGUCUUUACCAUUUAAUAGCAUAAUAUGCAUCCUGCUUUAUACCUAGGACAGAAUUAAACAUUUGUUACACAUUCAGAACAGUGAUUUUGUUUUUGAUACUUUUAUCUCAGUAUCUUUUCACUUUCUAAAACUUACCUAUAUUUUUGCUCAUAUUUUGUUUGUUAUUUACUCAUGUGUGCAACAUCAUUCAUAUAGUCUAGAUCAAUGCAACUCAAAAUGCCAGUCCACAACCGUUACUGAUCCACAGGCAAGAUAAGCAUGCAGAAGAAUUUAAAACUAGAGAUACUUUUUAGGUCAGUUAUCUUUUCAUUAACUGAUAACAAUCAAUUCAUGGACCAGUACCAAUCCAUGGACCACACGUUGAGAAACACUACUUUGGAUAGUAGUAGAUAUCCUGGGAUAGUGCAUAUUCACCAUCUAUUUUGUCAGAUAAUGGGGCUUUUAAAAAAAAUACUAAUAAUACUUUGCUUUCACAAUGCAUUGUAUUUUGUGGAAGUUAAGUUUAACAAUACAAAAUCUAAAAGCAAAUUUAAUUUUUUUAAGCCAUAAGAAAUAUUAUAUUCCAGUAUCCGUGUAUCUGUAUAAAGCAGUGUAUUAUCUUUUCAUUUCUAUGAUUGUAAGAUAAUAGUCUAACUGUAGAGGUAUUGUGGAAAAUAGUAGCCUUAAGUAUAACAAAAUAUGGUCUCUUGGGUACUCCCUCUGGCCAUUACCACAUUCUUAGAUUAUACGUGUCCAUCUUUGCAGCUUUGUGAGAGUAAUUUUAUUUGUUGUCUUCUGAAAUGUACAUGUAUACAUGUACCUACUGAGUGCUAUGUGAUUUUCUUAAAUGUAUUACUGUAGAAUGCUUCUGCAAAUUCAAUAAAGUUGUUAAAUUUGAA